CCUCCCCCCUGCCCCUGCCGCGCGCCGGCCUCUCGUCGCUCGCCCUCCCCUCUCGCGUGCCUCUCCGUUCCCCCCCCCCACCUGGCGCACGCGCGUGCUCCACCCCCCCAUGUCAAGCCGAUGUCUCACCGACCAGCCUUCCAGUCUCAGAGGCACUACAAUGACCGCAUCUCCUACUUCUCCGACCCGUCGAUCGGGAACUUCCACUUCGGGGCCUUUCACCCGAUGAAGCCGCACCGGAUUGUCCUGACACAUCACCUGGUGUCCUCUUAUGGCCUGCACAACAGUAUGUCCAUCUUUCGUCCCCGGCGGGCCACGGAGCACGAAAUGCGGCAGUUCCACUCGGCCGAUUAUAUCGACUUCCUCAAGCGGGUGACCCCGAGCAACAUCCACUCCUUCACGUUGGACACCCUGACGCGCUUCAACUUCGGCGACGAUUGCCCCGUCUUCCCGGGGAUGUUCGACUUCUGCCAGCGCUACGCCGGUGGCUCGCUGGAUGGCGCCUACAAAUUGAAUGACGGCUCCAGCGAUGUGGCCAUCAACUGGUCUGGCGGGCUGCACCACGCCAAGAAGUUCGAAGCCAGUGGCUUCUGCUAUGUCAAUGACAUUGUGUUGGCCAUCCUGGAGCUGCUUCGCGUCCAUGCGCGAGUCAUGUACAUUGACAUCGAUGUGCACCAUGGCGAUGGGGUGCAAGAGGCCUUCUACGUCACUGAUCGCGUGAUGACCCUUUCCUUCCACAAGUAUGACGGCCACUUCUUCCCCCGCACUGGAGACAUCACCGAGGUUGGUGUCGGUGCCGGCACGAACUUCUCCAUCAAUGUUCCCCUGAAGGACGGGAUUGACGACGAAUCGUACCAGUCCAUCUUCCAGCCGGUGGUUCGCCGGGCCAUUGAGCAUUUCAAUCCCGGGGCCAUUGUCCUCCAAUGCGGGGCCGACUCGCUGGGCUGCGACCGCCUCGGGCGCUUCAAUCUCAGUGUCCGCGGCCAUGGGGAAUGUGUGCGCUUUGUCCGGUCUUUCAAUCGGCCAACUCUGGUCCUCGGCGGAGGCGGGUACACUGUGCGCAAUGUGGCUCGGUGCUGGACCUGGGAGACUGCUGUCGUCUGCGGGCAGGACAUCCCGGAUGAGAUCCCCAGCAAUCCAUACAUCGAUUACUUUGCCCCUUCCUUCCUUCUGCACGACCCGGGGAUAACGACUUCCUCGUCGCAUGCGGCCGUCGGGUCGGGAAUGUCGUCGAGCGCCGCGCGCGCUGCUCUCAAAGAGGACCGGGCCUACCUCAAGGGCCUGGAGGCCAAGGUGGCGGAGAUCUUCCGGCGGAUUACUCAUGCCCCGAGUGUCCAGAUGCAGGAGCUCCCGCCGCCCCUGACACGCUUCGGCGAUGAUGCCGAUGGCUCCUCCUCGGACUCCGGCGACGAGGAUCACCCGGGGUCCGAUGGAUCUGGCGGCCUGGAUGUCGGGGAUCCCUUCCGUUCGGCGGGUCGGGCGGGGGAUUUGAUCAUUGACGACCCGGCACGCCAGUCCCCCGGGGGCCGGGGGUCAAGCCGGCCGGCCGGGGCGCUGUCCUCCCGGCGUGAUGGGCGCUUCAUCGGCCGCACACGAUCCGACCGCCUCCCCCACGUUUCCAGCGUACCGGAUGACGUCGGGUGCGGGGCGUUGCUGGUCGGUGCUCCGGCCAAGCGCCGCGCUGGCGCCUCGGCGGACUCGCGCCCGACGCGCGCGCGCCCCGACGAUGAUCUGGAUAUCGUCGGUACGGGGCGCGGCGUUGGCCUCGGAGCCAGCAAUCGGCCCCGACCUGGUCCCGACUGAAGGCCAGCGUCCUGCUCCCCCCCCCCCCC